AUGGAUUCAUUUAUGUCAGAUGGCAACAAAGACUUUUGUUGUGACGAAGAACAAGUAUUACUUUUGAGCAAACAGCUGACAUUGCCAAAUCAACUCCUUGGACGAUGCCCAAGUUGUAAAUUUAACUUCUUUCAAAUAUGGUGCGAUUUUACGUGUUCGCCAAGACAAAGCGACUUUGUACAAAUUAUUGAAACUCGAAACGAUUCGGCUUUACUACCGAACAAGACUGCCUAUGUAGCUGAGGUGGAGUACUACGUAAAAGACAGUUACGCUAACGGUCUGCUGGAUUCUUGUCGAAAUGUUUAUACGUCUGGAACAUUUGCGCUCAACAUGCUCUGCGGCGGUGCUGACAGAGAGGAAUGUACAAGCGAAAGGCUUUUCAGCUUUCUCGGAACGCAGAACCGAGACGUCGGUGUACCAUUUAACAUUCGCUUCAUAACUACGCGUGAUCAUACAUUAACUGGUAAGCAGAUGUAUCCACCGACUUCAACAAUUACACGUUGUUCUGAGGCUCCGUAUCCCAGUACGAGCCCAUGCUCUUGUCAGGACUGUCCUGCAGCAUGUUCUGCUUCUCAGCCAUAUCCAAAAAUAACUCAGGAAAAAUGUGAGAUUGCCUCUGUCGACUGUAUGGUUGUUCUUUCGUUCGCUGCUUUUGCCGCUUUCUGCUUUGCUGUCGGCUUUUUCACUACAGUUCAUUACGCCCUACGAAAGGAUCAUGAAGCAGACCUUAGUGAUUUCAAGCCGGCUAUGGCAGGAAUCGCUGAUGGCGAUCUGGGGAAUGUUGAAAGCCUUGGAUCUUGGAUUGAGUCUCAGCUAGAAGUGAUGUGUGCGCAUUACGGAGAACUUUGUACGCGUCGUCCCCUUGCUGUAUUUGCUUUUGGUUUAUGUGUGGCGCUAGUUUGUUCAACAGGACUUGUACUAGUACGAUUUACUACGGACCCUAUAGAACUAUGGUCAAGUGAAGAUAGUCGGGCUCGUAGGGAGAAAAAUUUCUUUGAUGCUAAUUUUGGCCCAUUUUAUCGCACAGAACAAAUUAUCGUUUUUCCACAUGAUCAAAGUUUUUUUCCUCGAACCGAUGUAAACGACCAGUUUCUGGAGACCUACUAUGGCCCAGCACUCCGAAAAAAUUUUCUUAUGAGUGUGUUGGAAUUACAAACUGAGGUCGAACGCCUUGUUGCAUAUACCAAAGAUAACACCCCCGUAACGUUGAAUGAUGUUUGUUUCCAACCGAUGGCUCCAGCAAAUACUAACUGUACAAUAAUGUCAGUCUUAAAUUAUUUCCAGAACGAUCCAAAGAAUUUGAAUAAAACCAUAUCAGAUGAAGAUUCAUUUGAAUCAUACGAUUAUUUAAACCAUCUUCUUGCUUGUGCAGAGAAUCCAUACACAAUUAAAAGUCCUUUGGGCCUUUCAUGCUUCUCAGCAUUUGGUGCGCCGGUAUCCCCGUUCGUUGCUUUAGGAGGUUUCAAUAGCUCGAAUCAACAUCAUACCGCUCGAGGCUUAGUUAUCACGUUUAUCAUUAACAACCAAUUGAAGCACACAAACAAUAUUAAAGCUCAGCUUUGGGAAAAAGAAUUUAUUGCGUAUUUGAAGAACAUUUCCCAUCCAAACUACACUAUAUCAUUUAUGGCAGAAAGGUCUAUAGAGGAUGAAAUUGAACGCGAAAGUGAAUCAGAUGCGUUUACUAUUCUAAUAAGUUAUAUGUUCAUGUUUGGCUAUGUUGCUUUUGCGCUUGGGCAGUAUCAGGUGUCAAAUAACAAUCUGGCGACAUUGCUCAUACAUUCGAAAAUAAUGCUUGGAGUAGCAGGAGUACUAAUCGUUGCUCUUUCUGUUACAGCCUCAAUUGGUGUAUAUGCCUUCUACGGAAUUCCGGCCACAAUGAUAGUUUUAGAAGUUCAACCCUUUCUUGUACUUGCUAUCGGCGUUGACAACAUUUUUAUUUUUGUUCAGGCAUACCAGAGAAUGGAUACGUCACUGGUCGAGCCGCUGAAUGUGAGAAUGUCUCGUAUAAGUGGUGAAGUUAUACCUUCAAUGCUUCUUUCUUCACUGUCAGAAUGCUUGUGCUUCUUCCUCGGGUCUUUAUCUUCAAUGCCUGCUGUGAAGGUAUUCUCACUGUAUGCUGGGUUGGCUAUUUUCUUCAAUUUCUUCCUGCAAAUUACUUGUUUUCUUGCUAUCUUUAUUCUCGACGUUCGCAGAGAAGAGAAUGGAAGGCUUGAAGUUCUUUGUUGUAAACAGUAUCCAAUGGAGCCAGACCAACAGAACAAUGAUGGUUUUCUUCUACACCUUUUCUGUGACUAUUUUGCUCCAUUUAUUCUCUCAAAAUAUGUCAGAAUCGUUGUGAUAUUUACGUUUCUUUCAUGGCUCUGUAGUUCUUUGGCUGUAGUAAGUAGGCUGAAUGUCGGUUUCGACCAGAAGAUGGCAGUUCCAGAGAAUUCCUAUGUCUUGUCGCACUUUAAAGCGAUGGACAGAUUCCUCUCUGUCGGUCCGCCAGUGUACUUUGUUGUGAAAGGUGAAUUAGAUUAUAAUCUUAUUUUUGACCAAAACAGAAUUAGUUCGGGAGCUGGGAGUAGUCCACUAUCGCUGGGAGCGCAAAUUGCUCAUGCCGCAAAAUGGCCAGAAAGAUCAUACAUUGCCCAACCAGCUAUGAAUUGGUUAGACGAUUACUUGGAUUGGUUGUCACCUAAAGGUGAUCCUCCAUGUUGUCGGCUGUUCAAAAAUGGGUCUUUCUGUUCUGCAAAUGAAAAUUCAAAAGAAUGUCGUCCUUGUGACGUUGUCUAUGAAAAAGGAAGACCCAGAUCGGACUUAUUCUAUAAUUACCUUGAGUAUUUCUUGAAAGACAUUCCGGGAACUAAAUGCGCAAAAGGAGGUCAUGCAGCAUUUGCAUCUGCUGUACGGCUGGAUACAAAGGAGAAAAUUUGGGUUCCUGCUUCUUAUUUUGCUGCUUACCACACUGUACUAAAAAGCUCAUCGGAUUUUAUCAACGCAAUGGCAAGCGCCCGUAAGCUUAGUGAUAGUAUCGCGAAAGAAUUAAACCAGAAUCGCAAAAAUCGUUGUGCUGUAGAAGUAUUUCCAUACAGCGUUUUCUACCCAUUUUAUGAACAGUAUGUUACCAUAAAAGCCGAUGCAUGUGUGCAACUGAUAUUGUCCCUGAUUGCAAUUUUUGCUGUGGCCACAGUACUUCUGGGAUUAGAUCCGUGGUCAGCAAUGAUUAUUGAUAUAACUAUUGCCAGUACCUUGUUCAAUUUAAUUGGUCUCAUGCACUGGUGGGACAUCGACUUUAACGCUGUGUCUGUCGUAAAUCUAGUCAUGGCAGCUGGAAUCUCUGUAGAAUUUUGCUCUCACAUAAUGCGCGCUUUUACCAUUAGUAUCCAUCGAAGUCGAUUGGAAAGAGCUCGAAUUGCUCUUGCAACAAUGGGAUCUUCGGUAAGUAUUUUGUAUAAUGUUACUUUUUCUUUCUGCUUCAUCUUUUUUUUGCUACUGUUUCAAAAGGGGACUGAGCAAUCCUUUAUUUGAUA